GGCGGGAGGAGGGGACGACUUCGGGCGCGGGGAGGGGGCGCCCUGCUCUGGGGCCAUGACCGAGCCCGGAAGCGCAGAGCCCGAGACCGGGGUAACUGCUGCGGCAUCGCGCUUGCCUUUCUCUGGGGGGAGGUCGAUCAUCGGGGUGCGCGGCGCGGGGCUCCCCCGCGGGGCCAGAGCGGAGUAGGGGGCUGCAGUCUAGGAGGGAAGACGCGCCCCGGAGUUCGCCCUAAGGAUGGCUGUCCGCCGCCGCUCGGGGCGGCCUGCUGGGUGACGUCUGAGCUUGCAGCCCCGGUGUCGCCGCCGCCGCCGCCACCAUGCCCCCACAGCAGCUCUUCCGCGCGCUCGUGUCGGCGCAGUGGGUGGCCGAGGCGCUGCGGACCCCGCGCGCGGGACAGCCCCUGCAGCUGCUAGACGCCUCCUGGUACCUGCCCAAGCUGGGCCGCGACGCGCGCCGCGAGUUCGAGGAGCGCCACAUCCCCGGCGCCGCCUUCUUCGACAUCGACCAGUGCAGCGACCGCACGUCCCCCUACGACCACAUGAUGCCCAGCGCGGCGCACUUCGCGGAGUACGCGGGCCACCUGGGCGUGGGCGCCGCCACCCACGUCGUGAUCUACGACGCCAGCGACCAGGGCCUCUACUCUGCGCCGCGCGUCUGGUGGAUGUUCCGCGCCUUCGGCCACCACACCGUGUCGCUGCUCGACGGCGGCUUGCGCCACUGGCUCCGCCUGGGUCUCCCGCUGAGCUCGGGGAAGAGCCGCCCGGCGCCCGCCGAGUUCCGAGCCUCGCUUGACCCCGCCUUCGUCAAGACGUACGAGGACGUGAAGGAGAACCUUGAAUCCCGGCGCUUCCAGGUGGUGGACGCCCGCGCCGCCGGCCGGUUCCGCGGCACCGAGCCCGAGCCCCGAGACGGCAUCGAACCUGGCCACAUCCCCGGCACUGUGAACAUCCCCUUCACGGACUUCCUGACCCAGGAGGGCCUGGAGAAGAGCCCCGAGGAGAUCUGCCGUCUGUUCCAGGACAAGAAGGUGGAUUUGUCCCAGCCACUGGUGGCCACGUGCGGCUCCGGCGUCACAGCCUGCCACGUGGCACUGGGGGCCUACGUCUGCGGCAAGCCCGACGUGGCCAUCUAUGAUGGCUCCUGGGUAGAGUGGUACAUGCGUGCCCAGCCAGAGGACGUCAUCUCCGAGGGCCGGGGGAAGACCCACUGAGGGCAGGGUCAGGACACGGGAGGCAGCGCCCGGCCUGGUUGUUCUGACUCUGCCUCGACCGAGAGGGUGUUUCUUCCCGCAAGUCAGGUGGCGCAGAGGGCGACAUCCCAGAGGCCAGGAGUUCUGUCGACCCGCGGGCUCCCAGCCGAGGCCGGAGAGAAGGUGGUGGUGGGACAGAGGGAGGCAGUGCCCCAUGUGCUGAGCGGGGGUCCUGCCUCCCUUCUGUUUUCCCUGUUGAGGAAAUAAAACAGCACAGUGCCAAAUGCUUCCAA